AUGCCAAAUGGGGUGGGUCUGAACACUCAGAGAGAGGCCGCCCGACGCAUUGCCGACUACCAACCACUAAUCAGCAUAGGAUGUUCCCAGUACCUCCAGUUCUUCCUCUGCACAGUCUACUUUCCCAUGUGUAGUACGAAUCUAGCAGCAUCGAUAACGCUCAGACCCUGUCGGGGCUUCUGUCUCCAUGUAAAGCAACACUGUGAGCCGGUAAUGCGAACCUUCAGUUUCCCCUGGCCAUCAGACCUCGACUGUGCUAUGCUGCCUGAAGACAGUGGAGAUGAGCUCUGCAUUCAGCCGCAAAGAGUGAACCCUGCUGAGAAUGGGGUCCUGGCAGCAAAAGCAAAUCAGCCCUCUGAGCUGCAGCCGACCUGCUUCACGAGACAGGACGCCUCUUGUCUGCCGCCGUGCUGCACUAGUGUUCUCUACAGCAACAAGGCUAAAGGCUUCGCCGAUUCCUGGCUUCUCAUCUGUGGUCUUCUUGGCCUCUUUUGCGGUCUACUUACUCUCGCUACGUACGCCUCAAACAGCUCGAGGUUUAUCUAUCCCGAUCGGAUUAUGAUCUACCUAGCGAUCUGCCUGCUUAUGCAGUCGGCCGCGUUAAUGAUGCAGCCCCUGUUGGGUCGAGGUCAACCAGUGUGUCCGGGGAAUGGAGGUAUGCUUCUUCCGAAUGUGACCCUCUCUCAGCAGGAAUGGGGUCGACUGGCUUGUUUCUUACAAGCAGCUCUGCUGUACUACAGCGUCUCUGCUCGACAGGUUUGGUGGAUCCUGCUAGCGGUGGCCUGGUUCUUGUCCGCGGCCCGAGGAUGGGCACCUGAGGCCUUCCUGACCAUUGCGAAAGGUUUUCAUCUCUGCGCAUGGCUGCUGCCUCUUCUGCCGGCCCUGUGUAUCCUACUCCCAGCUUCACCUCUGCCUCACCUGGUGUCUGAUUUCAAUGAACUGACCGGCGUCUGUUGUCUCGGAAAUGCCAGCAGACGAUUGCACUUUGUCCUUCUGCCCGAACUAGCUAGCCUUGUCAUCGGCACUAGUCUGUCUGCGGCGGCCUUUACCACACUGAAGCGUCUGCUGAAGCAGUUGAGAACUGUGGGCAGUGCAAAGAGGCCACCGUUUCGCUGUCACCUGCUUCCGCACCUUGUCACCGGCCGGAAUUCACGUCGGCUGUCUCAGCGUCUGACAAAAAUGGGCGUUGCUGUGGGAGCCUAUGUGCUGCUAAUGCUGCUGGUGUCGCUGUGUGACCUCUAUCACUUUUCCGGAGCAGCCGGCUGGCGCAGGAGUCAGUUGGUAAUGGCGCAGCGACCCGAGUGUUGCCGUUUUGCGAAUGGGACGAGUACAGAGGCAGAAACCACCAAAUGUACCUACGGUCUCCUGCUGCCCCAGCCGGCGGUGGAGCUGCUACGCCUUGCCCUGUCGCAGGCAGUUGCCCUAGUAAUCGGACUGUACAUCUGGGGCAAUGGGAAGACCUGGCGUUGGUGUCUGGUACGAUGGUGGAACUGUGCCCGCCUUCAAGGCUCCAGCUCACUGAAGGAGACUAACGAAAGCACCUUCUUAAAUUCCACGUGCGGGACCCUGCAACAGGGCUUCGGUGAGUUCUCUCUCUAGAAGCCUUUCGUGGAAGCCUUAGACGUAUGGCGAAAAUCAAGCUUGUUAAAUUUUUCUAAGUAGUUUUGCUGGUCAGAUGUGGCUAUGCAGCCGCAUCGGAGGUAAACAAACCCCAUCCGCUUGUAACAUGAGACCGGUGGUGAUAGGGGGUUUUUAGGGGUGGGGCCGGGGAAUGCACAGGCGACGAGGUCAAGUAAUUGUAUGCAAAGGAAAAGCUAUUGGGAAUGAGCGGUCGGUAACAAUCGGGAGAUGGCACCCGAAAAAUCCGUUACCUAGAAAUAAUACCUUUAACAGUGGACUCAAACGCCUUCAGGCUAUAUCAGCGGUUGCAGGCCUACUUUCACGCACUACUUGGACUUUCCCCGACGGUCUAACAUGGGCUGGCCGAACGAACAUCGCAGGAGGUUACAUGGACAAUGGUCGCUGUUACCCAACCUUCCCCAUCGUUACACACGUAUGCUUGAAUAUACGGCAUACAUGCGAAUUAUGGCAGUUUAUUACAAAACAAAAUCACUUUUAAAUAGGAUAAGUCUGCACAACAUGGGACAGGAACAGUUCCCGGGCAUCUGUCAAAGACAUGGCAUUGAGGCCAAACCAAAGACGAUACUGUACUUCGUCUAUGUGAGCCCACACAGCUCGACCACAUACAGGGCCCCCCCUCUUAGAGUUUCCUUUUCAGUCUACUUCAGUAUGCCUCAAUGGCAUUGGUGUGCCGUCCGGUGGUAGGGUCCUUGAAGUUCUUUGAGUGGUUAACAGAAAAAUUUAGAUAACCUUCUGAGGAAGACUAUUAUACGCCUUCCACUCGUCCGUUACCACUAUACUGCCUUUGGCGACCCACUUUGUAAUAACGGAACGGAGAGCGGGCCAACUUCGAUCAUACACCUGUUCAAAUAAGACUUUCCGUCGGCUAGUAUCAUACAUCCCGACCAGCCACCACCCAUAAAACCCCUAUUGCCACCUGUCCCGUAAGACAGGCUGCUUUGGUUAGGCGGAUUUUUUUGAUUGCCAUCUCCCGAUGGUUACCGAGCGGUCUUACUGUGAGUGGUUGAGAAAUAGUUGCCCUAAUCCCUCUCCCCGACCCCUAACCGUAACCCUUAGCUCUAACCCCUAACAGCAUUACGUCCAUCAGGUGCGGCUGCAUAACCACAUCCUACCGUCUUGUUUUAUGGCACACCAAAGGGUUGAGAUUACUGGGCAGAUUGCCUUGCGUGGACAGAAUACGUGAACGACAGACAGUGCCGGUUAGAGCCAUCUUAGAUGGGACAAUGUUUUCGGGUGGUGGAGAGAGACAGAGCCAGUGUAACUUUAUCGAUUUUCACGUUAAAAGAGGCUGACCUCGCAACCUCCGCAGAGUAUUCAUCAGGAGGAAGAGGAGUCCUCGUUGUGAGUCAGCUGACAGACCGCCUAGCUGGCAUAGCACGUCAAGUCUAUUCGGUUGGCUGGAGGCUCAUUCCCGUCCUACAGUACUGGCUGCACAAGCCCCGGCGAGUAAAUUAGUCAACGAUUUGUUUCAUAUGACAAUUUCUUCUUUGGCUUCAAAAUAACAGGGGUAAGUCGCAAUGAGGCUUUAUCGGAGACACAUGCAACUAUGCUCCAUCAUACAUAGGCAGCUCGCUGAGAGUGCAGCAGGCCAGACGCAGACAGCUGUUUCACGGUCGUUACCGAUCAUCAGUACGUUAUAGGCUUUAUGAAGUGAGGUGUGUAAACAUGUCAAGUAGGUGUUUGACUCUACUGUUGUGGUUAGGAUCUCACUCGAUCCCAUUAUUAAGACCUAUGACGUACUGAUGAUUGGUAAUGACCGUGAAGACGGGGAUAGGGGGUAGGGGGCGCUCACCGAUCGUUUAUACGGAACUCACUCGUUCCGUUGUGCCUUACGGGCUCUCUCUCAAGCCCAGCCGGCAGCCGCACAGCGGCGCGUGAUACAGACAGUACGUUAUUACCGACAAAGGGAGACUGGAAUGGCCAUUUCUGGCUUAUUAGCCGUCGUACCAACCCCGAAGUGUGGGCUCGAGAGAGAGAGCCCGUAAAACACAACGGAACGAGUGAGUUCCGUAAGAACGAUCGGUGAGCGUCCCCUACCUUUGUAUAUUCCCGAUCGAAACCGACAGGGCAACGGGCUCGUGAUCCAAUGGUUAGAGGCGUGGACCUCUAACUAACAGGUCACGAGUUCGAGCCUCGGGUGUGCCACACUUCGGGGUUGGGUAUGACUGGCUGACGACGGCUAGUAAGCCGGAAAUGGCCAUUCCAGUCUCCCUUGUCUUUGUCAGUAAUGGCAUACAAUUGUCUGCGUCUGGCCUGUUACACUCGUGGCGAGCUGCUUGUGUAUUGUAUGUGAUAUUUGUCCUAUGAAGGAGGAUAAAGGAGUUUUACGGAUGGAAACUUGACAACCAUACCGAAAGCUCUUGCACUAUUACGUUUCCGGAUCAGUUACCAGAUCCUUCCCUGAACAUGAGCGAGCAGUAUUUUCUUUAUAAGAUCGUACUGUUUCCUAUUGACUACUUCAUAUAGUGAACGGGCUUGAAUUAGUAUUUAGUUAAUACACGAAAGCAAUCACAUGGCGUUAAAAUCGUUUUCUGGCUUGUCGCAUAGUAUAAACGAUGUCGUCUGCUCCUUUAAAGAGACCAGCUCUUAAAAUCGCUUUUACCAUUAUUAUUGCCGUAUUUGGGUGGUCUUACACCGAAAUUUCGGGGGUGUUAUAUGUACGUAUAUCUGACGCUCUGCUAGUUAAGAAAGGAUCCGAGGUCUGUCACUUGUGAUCAGAUCCUGUGCUCGCCAGCCCGUCCCAGUUGUAGGGCGUAAUGCUGGUGUUCAUUUUGCCCCGAAGUUACAGCGGGUGGCAUGGGCCAGAGCUCCAGAUCAGAGCUUUAAACGUAAACAAAAUGAUCGUGUCCGCUCCUGAAAUCAGGCCAGAUAGGUGAGCGGGCCUUCCACAUGGCCGGCAAAGUUAAUUACUUUUCCCUUUUUCUCUUUGACUAGCAGGGAGACCUGAUUGGAAAACAGCUCGGCUUUUACACGCUGCACGCGCACCAUUUGAAGUUGAUCGGCAUACCAAAUGGCCCGUACAAUCCCCCUCUAGGACAUCAACAUUCAGUGCACUUAUAUGGGAGUUUUUUGCUAUGAAUGGCGAAUCGGCCCCGCCGGUAAUAGUGGAAGGGCGUCUACUCUCCCCUCCCCCCCCCCAUAGCCUAACUAAUACGGAAUUAAAUCCAUGCGUUGUCGACUGCCUGUGCCUCUAAAACGGGCCACGCAGUAGAUGUGCUGGACCCACACGGGAGUGGGGGGCUACAUCGGAUUCGGGUAGGAGUUGUCGCUAUUGCUCCCACACAACAAAUGCCAACAUUUGGGGCGUGAUGGCAGGCCCAGUUGCAGGCCCACGCCGCGCCACUUGGGCAUCCGUGAUGCUGUCCUAUUUUUUUUGGCGUCAAGUGUUUGUUGCAAACCGGGGCGGCGUGGUGGUACGCCUACGUGCGGGUUUACACCGUGUCAGCCACCUGCGUCCUCGGGUCAUCUUGACCACCGUCAUGAUACCUAUAUACGGGUGGGGGAGGAGGAAGGAGUGCGGCAGAUGCAGCGCAAGCCUACUAUCACUACAAGUAAUUCAUGCCUAAGUCACAGCCCCCGCUUUCGCUCUGCUGUGGAACACACGGUGGACAUCGUCUAAAUCGACGUUCGAACUACUGGUCUGUCGACUGUCUGCGGGUCGGCCAGUAGGGAGAAAUUUCUGUCCCAUUAGUCGAGACAGGUUACAGCUCAGGAUCCAUCGGCGCGUUCAUUUUUUGUGCAGAUGAUAAGUUGAUGGGCAGUGCAAAGUGCAGUGACAUUAGAUCUUGUGUCCGUUUUAAUGAGCCGCCAAAACAAUCGCAUACUUUGGAAUUUCAUACAAACUUACGCUGCUGAAGCGUAGUCCCGCUUCUCGAAACGACUCGAUGUAAAGAUAAUGAUGACAUUCCCUUAGAUUUCAGCCGGAAUAAAGGACGUAUUAGAUAUCCUGGGAGCGAAAAGAGCUUGUUAAUAUGUGAUUAUGUAGCGGCACCUGAUGAACACAGUACUGUUGGCCUACUUAAUUAGUUUGAGUUGGUGUGAUUAAGUUGGCAUGGUGUUGCUGUAGGUUGCGAUGCGUGUUCUGUUGGACGCCUGGUUUCUUUGUUGCCCUAUCUACUUUUUUGGCUCCAUGUCGGUGGUGUUUCUUGACUUUCGGCCUGUCUUCUCCUUUUAACUUUCGCGUUGGAUGUUUCAGGGUCAGGGUUUAGGGCUGCGGUCAAGGGUUAGGGUUGGGGGUUAGGGCAACUAUUUCACAACCACUCAAAGUACAACCUCGCAUUUCCAAUAGCUUUCCUUUCACAUACGAUUACUUGACCUCAUCGCCUGUGCGUUAUCCGACCCCACUUGUAAAGACCCCACUACCACCUGCCCCGUAUUACAGGUGGCUGGGCUUUGUUUACCUCAGGUGCGGCUACAUAAUCACAUAGGACCGCUUUUUUACAAACCUUACGGAAUUAAGCUUUUAUUAAGGCCUUGCAAAAGCAAAACUAUUGCUGACACACCUCUACUGAAUACGCAUAGAAAAUCCACGAAUGACUGCAAUUAACGUCGGCAAUGAGGGUAUUACAGUUCUGUUCUGAAUUUUAUAAUUUAUCUGUUUAAUUCAAGUAAAAAAAAGUCCAUUUAUGGCACGCCGCUGGCGUCUCUUGAAAAUCCCUCCCAGUCAGGCACGGGAAUAUAGACAACCCGUUCUAGAGAGAGGCCUUGCCCUAAAUUCCAGUGGGUGAGAGUUAGUUAGGGUCAGUGUUAGGGUUUGGAUUAGGAUUAUGGCCAGGUUGGGGUCUAGUAAGGUUAGGGUUAGGGUAAGCUUCGGGGCUCAAGUUAGGAAACGCGAAUAGGGACCCGUAAUUUAGCGGUGGGUCUAUGCUCCCUAAAGAGGCGUUAACUGAGUGCCUUCGGUGUGAUUUUGGAUACAUUGAGUCAACAAAUGCGUAUUUUUCGAGCCUGGCUCUAUUUUAAAUAACCAUGUUGGUGCGGACUAAUUUUGUUGAAAGCUCAUCCCCUAAGUCCUUCUAUUUCGGUGUCUGACAGCCGUAACCCGUUGCUUACCCUAAAGCGACACAUUUCCCAAGGUGGCUUGUGUUCUCCGAAGAGACGGCAACAUUUCGAAUUUUGAAGUAGGAAGACUCGAAAAUGUCAGGGUGGCAAUUUGAGGAUGCCGAUUAUGUCGUCUUGUUCAUCACGUAAGAAACAACAUCUUUACUCCUCUUAUGGGUUAGAGGACAUCAUCUCAGUGGGCGCUUGACCAUUCACUGGCUGUUUGUAGACAAUCAGCAUUCCUGCUAAAUCAAGCUGUCGACAGUAUUCAUUCGCGACUUGGCUAGCUCCGUGAGAGAGUGUUGCAGGUGUUGAAACCUGUUACAACUAAAACUGUUUGAUGAUUACCAGCUGAGCUAACCAACGUUUCGUGUCGUCUUGGCGGCAAGAAUAUGCACUGACGAUGGUAUCGUAUGUGGCAUGACUGACAAAACGGGAAGGAAGGACGCCUGUAACCCAUAAGCGUAACAGCAAAAUACUGACCCUAACCCUAACUCUAAGCCUGGUUUUAACGCCAAUCCUAACCUAAACACUUCAACCUGGCACUAACCCUGACCUUAAUUCCAACCCCGAUUUUAACCCUUAAACUUAACCCUGGCCCUAGCCUUAAGCGCCAACAUUAGGGUUGGCCCAGCAUCAACAUUAGCUUUGUAAAGUAGGCUAAAUGCGAGGCUCAGGGGAAUGAGUCAGUUUCCGGUCAAUACUACUAUCAGAGUUAUGCCUCCCCCCGCACAACCCCCUAUGCAAUCUGUUACCAUCAUGCAACAGAAUCCCAAGACAUUUAGGGUACGACAUGAUGGUAGCUUUUGACUGCGUGUCCUUCCGGCCACCGUCAAGAAGUAUACGCGUUAAAAGUGGUCAGUUAAGUAAUAUGGAUUGCACCAGUGAAUGUCGAUGCCCCUAAAUUUCCAAAAAUGUUUUAGGGGGAUCAUGUACGAAAUAUUGCUUUUGUACUCCUUUUGUUAUAAAUUACGUUCUUUUCAUAUUUUUACUAACGAACUAUUACCUUCUAGCUUUAAGUUCUUUUCCGGGUGGUUUUGAACCCAACUCAUCGUUUUACUUGCCUUCGGGGUUUCCAAAUUAUACAGACUGUACACUUUCCAUUAAAAAAAAUAAUGCAUGCUUCUAUGCCAUUAAUAAGAUGGCAUACAAAACUCAUAAGCCCUACCGUGAGCAUGGACAAUGUUGCGUGCUUUAAAAAGAGCAUUAAGAAACGCAUAAAUGCGAUGUUAUUUGCAUUGACAUUUUACGGCCUUACAAGAUUUCAUAAUUACGAACUUAUUUGGAAUUGCAAAAUAAAAUUGCUCGAGUAAAAAUAUCGAAGAUGUAACUAACUAUGACGUGAGCAUUAAAAUACUCCUAUGCGUGCUUUUAUAAAAUAUUUUAAACUAAUAAGGGCAUCAACUUUUAGUGGAUAAACGUAUGUUACAUAAUUAGUCAUUUUUGGCUGGUAUCCUGGCGGGGCUAAAAUAUUUUGUUCUGUCGAAUGACAAUCAAUACUACAACCUCACUUAAAUAAUCCAUCCUAACCGGGAUCAUAUUUCGGAAUUCUAGUUGAUUUUUCAUGAACCAUGUCACCUACUGUAACUUAAUAAAAUCGCGAGGUCUUCGGCAAAGGCUGUUGGGCCUUUUCUUAUACUUGCAGAAUAGAGCAUUUCACAUCCGUAAAUCCUACGGAAAAACCAAGGUACGUGAUUCUUCAUGCACUGUGCUUUGUCACUUCUUUUUUCCAAACGGCGGAAUCUGGUUAAUCCGGUCUUGAGACCCCACCUCCGAGCUCCUUCAAUAGCUUUGAAGGAAAUCAGCUCUAAUCUGGUAACUGGAACAGAUGAGCGAAACAACACGGCAAAGUAGUUGAUGCGAACCGAAGCAAUUACUACGCCGAAUGUCGAUAGUUGAAGUCAAACCUGUGCUCGGUGGCUUGAGCGUGGGCUACAACUCAGUAUUUACCGGACGGUGUACUCACAGCCCACAAAUAACGCAUUCCCCAUGAGUCAAUUGCAUCUGUCUGCUUCUAGUGAUGGAUGUGGUCAUGAAUUUGAAACUUCGGGUGAAUAAGUAACCUAUUCCUGAGACCGGGUCUGCAUCUUAUCAGUUAAUGCGCUCUCUUUGACCGGCGUUUGAGCUUACGUAAUCAACAACUUUCCUUUAGAUUUCCCGCCCAACUCCUCCCGUUCAACCAACCCUCCACGGAGUGCGUCUGCCUGCGAAGCGGAAGUGGCCGGAAGGGUUAUAUCGGCCUCCACACCGCGAGUCAACACCCUCCACAAGACCUGGAGCUGUCCUCUGGAGGAUGACUCCUACCUCGGCGUCCGAAUGACGCACCCCCAAAACGAACGGGCUCUCCGCCAUUGGCUAGAAUCCGCCGGCCACCUUGACUCUCUCGGUGCCAGCAGCCGACCUCUGAUGUACGAAUAUGCAGAGAAUGCAAGCACUUCGAGCCUUUCCAAGCCACUGGAAGGGGAGCGUUAA